UUAAAAAUUCCUCCCGCUCUAUAUCUUCGAGGAAAAGAAAUGGAUAAAGAAAAAAAAAAUAUCAGCGCGCACGCUUAAGUUUAUAAUAAAAAGGUUUGCUUAAUUCAGUAUAACGUGAAUCUCCUACCGAACCAAUAUGAAAAAUAAAUCAAUGAUAUUAGAAGGGGUCUCGGUAUCGGCUGAAAAAUCCAAGUUGAAUAUAAAGUACUGUACAGAAUUGAGUCGUUGGGUAUUAACACCACUGGGGAUUUGGACAAAUGAAAAUAACAAAAAUAUUAUUAAUAAAAUAUCAUCAACUGUAUUGAUAUUUAUGUGUUAUUUUUUAAUUUUAUUUUUAAUUGUACCAUGUAGUCUUCAUACUUUUAUUAAUGAGAGGGACCCACGUAUUAAAAUGAAAAUGAUUGGUCCAUUGAGUUUUUGUUUAAUGGCAAUAAGUAAAUUUAGUUUUUUAGUGACAAGAAAAAAAGACAUUUAUAAUUGUUUUAAACAUAUUUAUCAUGACUGGAGACAAGUUCAAUUAAUUGAUGAUGAAAAUAUCAUGUUAGAAAAUGCUGGGAAAGGUCGUUUUAUAACAAUUAUUUGUGCUGCAUUUAUGUAUGGAGGUGGUUUUUUUUAUCAUACAAUAAUGCCAUUUGCAGUGGGUAGUUUUGUUACGUCUGACAAUAAAACAAUUAAACCACUUACAUAUCCAGUUUAUGAUCCACUAUUUUCUGCUCAAGAAACACCAAAUUAUCAAAUUGUUUUCACGUUACAAUGGUUUGCUGGAUUUGUCAUGUACAGCAUCACAAUUGGUGCAUGUAGUCUUGCAGCAGUCUUUGCAUUCCAUGCAUGUGGACAAUUGAAAAUUGUCAUUUCACGAUUAGAUAAUUUUGUUGAUCUCAAUCAUAAUAUUGAUGAUGUGCUAAAAAAAAAAAUGGCUGAUAUAAUUGAACGUCAUCUUCGUACCUUACGAUUUAUUGUUCGUGUUGAAGAAAUAUUGAAUGAAUUAAAUUUAAUUGAAUUUCUUGGAUGUACAUUUAAUAUUUGUAUGCUUGUUUAUUAUUUCAUGAGUGAAUUUGAGAAAGCUGAAGUAAUAUCAACAAUUACCUACUGUGUUCUACUGAUCUCAUUUACUUUUAAUAUAUUUAUUUUUUGCUAUAUCGGAGAAAUGUUGACACAACAGGGAUUAAAAGUUGGAUGGGCAGCAUACAAUAACAUUAACUGGUAUGAAUUAUCACGUAAAAAUUCUCGCGGGAUAAUUUUGAUAAUGGCAAUUUCAAAUAAUCCAUGCAGUUUGACUGCUGGUAAAAUGACAAGUUUGUCUUAUGCUUCAUUUUGCUCUGUUAUUAGAUCGUCGAUGGCAUAUUUAAAUAUACUACGAACUGUUGUAUUAUAA